AGUCCAAAUCUAUCAUCUAAUUUCUCUCUCAGCAUUUAACGCGGCUAUCAGUUUUGGCUUUUCGGCUUUGGCACUCUUUCUGUCCCCACCCCCCCACCCCGCCCUAUGAAACAUCUGCGUCUUCUUUACACUGCCCAAAGAGUGUGAUCACCACCUUCUAUUUUCAUUAUUAAGCUGCUGAAGAUCAAUGAGCAACCAGAUUCUGUGCUAGAGGAUGAGUGCGUAAUGAAGGAUCAAUUGAGGAAACGGAUCUGAAGCUGGAGAUGAGAAGAGAUGAUACUUUUUGUAUGGAAGAAGAAGCGGAAACUGAAGUUUUGUAUUGAUUAGAUGAUGAAGUUGUACAUAUCGGCGACAGGAAUUAAAAAACUGACAAUAUCGAGUUCCGCCGCCGUCACGAGCGGCGGAGGUGGUUUAAGAUUGCCGGUUGGCAUGAAAGGGAAGGGAUCAUCGCCGGGGAUUCGCCGGAUAUCUUACCGGACGUUAUUAUUGCCGGCUAUUUUGGUUCUCGGUUUACUUUUAUCGUUACUCUUUUUCAGAAUUACCUUUAUCAUGCUCGAAUCAGCCGUUUUUUGCUCUUCCUCUAUCGGUUGUUUGGGAUGGAGGAUUUUCGGCGGGAGUGACUCGGCUGUGCUCAGAGAAGAGUUGAUGCUGGCAUUGCUGGAGGCAACAAGUGAUGGUGAGAAUGGAAAAGGAGGGAUAGAGAGUUCAACUUCAUUACCAUCCUCAUUCAAUGAUCUUGUGAAGGACAUGACCUCUAGUGGACAAGACAUGAAAGCUUUCGCUUUCAAAACUAAAGCUAUGAUAGUGAAGAUGGAGCAAUUGGUAGAGUCAGCUAGACAACGCGAGUCUAUUUUCUGGCAUUUAGCUUCUCACGGUGUACCAAAGGGCAUACAUUGCCUAUCUCUCAAGUUAGCUGAAGAAUAUGCUGAAAAUGCUGCCGCACGUUCUCGCUUGCCUCCCCCUCAAUAUGUUUCACGCCUCACUGACCCUUCCUUCCAUCACGUAGUUCUUUUAACAGACAACGUACUUGCUGCGUCUGUUGUAGUUUCCUCAACCAUCAAAAGCUCAAGUAUCCCAGAAAGAUUGGUAUUUCAUAUAGUUACUGAUAAGAAGACAUACACUGCAAUGCAUGCAUGGUUUGCCGUGAACUCAGUUAAUUCGGCUGUCCUGGAAGUAAGAGGAUUGCAUCAGUAUGAUUGGUCUCAUAAGGUGAAUAUCGGGAUUAAGGAGAUGAUAGAGAUCCAUCGAUUGAUCUGUGGCCACAAAUUUGACCUCAUGAAGAGGGAAACUUUGGCAAAUGAGUAUGAAAAUGAAAAGGAUUUGCAGUAUCUACGGCCUAGCUGUGCAUCCCUUUUGAAUCAUCUGCGCAUCUAUAUCCCCGAGCUCUUUCCAGAUCUGAACAAGAUUAUAUUUUUGGACGAUGAUACUGUGGUACAGCAUGAUUUAUCAUCUCUAUGGGAACUGGAUCUCAAUGGGAAAGUUGUUGGUGCAGCUUUUGACUCGGGCUGUGGAGAUGGCUGUUGCCCUGGAAGAAAAUACAAGGAUUACUUCAAUUUUACGAGUCCUGUCAUAUCAUCUAACCUGGAUUAUGAUCGUUGUGGGUGGCUUUAUGGAAUGAAUGUCUUUGAUCUUCAAGCUUGGAGGAAGACUAACAUCACUGCGACUUACCAUCACUGGCUUAAGCUUAGCCUCAACUCUGGUUUUGAAUUGUGGAAUCCUGGAGCGCUUCCACCUUCCCUGAUAGCUUUUGAGGGUCAUGUGCAUCGGAUUGAUCCUUCAUGGCACAUUGCUGGUUUAGGUUAUCGAUCUAUUAUGAAUGUGGCAGAGUCUACACUGGAAGACGUAGCUGUUGUACAUUUCAGCGGACCAGCCAAGCCAUGGCUUGAGAUUGGGAGCCCUGAGAUACGAAGCUUAUGGAUUCGCCAUGUAAAUUUCUCAAACGAAUACAUUAGGAAAUGCGGAAUUGUGGGGUGAAUGGUUAAGGGACAUAGCCUCACUUUCAACGUGAAAUAUAUCGUAAUUUAGUCUUAAGAUAUAUUCUGAGUUGGAGGGAAGAAGGUACAGCCUUCAGUCUCCGAUCACACCACUGUAGUCCCUGUAUAGACUAAGCUAGCGUGCCAUACACUACACAGGCUAGAUGUUUGACAACUUUCGUGUAUUAGGUUGAUAGAUAUAAAGCUAUUGUAAAGUCUUUUUUCCACGUUCCCUUACCUAUAAUAAUAUCUUUCUAUUGAAGUCA